AUGUCAUUCCCGCCCAUCGAAUCCAUUUCAUCUGCGAAUCAGCCUCUUUCAUCUCAGUCUUCGUCGAGCAACCCCUUUGGAUAUCCUAAAAGCCCUUCAGUCGACCAUGCAGCCAACCCUGGUACUCACACCGCGCAUGACCCUCCCAGCAUUCGCAGCUGUGUGACUUGUCGGAGAAGAAAAGUCCGCUGUAAUAAGAGGAGCCCAUGUUCCAAUUGUGUCAAGGCGGGUAUCGAUUGUGUCUUUCCUCCACCUGGAAGGGCCCCUCGCAAGUCGAAACGACCUCAUGAUGCGGAGCUCUUGUCCCGUUUGAGACGGCUUGAGGGAGUCAUUGAGCAUCUCAGCGGGAAGAAGCCCGGGGCUGCGGAGCCAUUGUCCACUGUAUCUUCGCCCUCGCAACAGGAAACUGGACCCGCGUCUCCCCAAGAAGGUAGGCAGACGACACCUCAGACGCAGAGUGUCCAGGCCGGGAAAUGCCCCUUCGUUCUAGACUCCGAUCCGCAGGCUGCUAAGCCACGAAACCUGGAACAUGAGUUCGGACGGCUAGUCAUCGACGAGGGACGCAGUCGAUAUGUCAGCAAUCGGUUGUGGGCGAGUUUGGGGGAUGAGAUUGAGGAACUUCAAGAUAUUUUGGACCCUUCAUCAUCAGAAGAGGAAGAUCAUCCUUCGCCUGAAUCCUCGUCGACCCUGUCCACGAAUCACGACGGAUUCCUCUUCGGAUACUACUCUCUUUCUCAUUCACUUCGCGGUUACCAUCCCCCGCCGCCCAAAAUUCCAGUAUUGUGGGAUAUUUACCUGGAUAACGUUGCGCCGCUUAUACCUAUGUUCCAUAAGCCCACCGUACGAAAACUUCUUACAGAGGCCGCCCAGAAUCCGAAUCUCCUGGACAAGAAUUCCGAAGCCUUGGUCCUUUCGAUCUACUAUGUUACUAUAGUCAGCAUGUCGCCCGUACAAUGCUUCUCAGUUCUGGGCGACGAUCGUGAUACAGCGGUAACGCGUUACCGGUUCGCAGUCGAGCAGGCAUUGUCCAGAGCUGGUCUCCUCAAUACGCAGAGCCUGAUGCUGUUGCAAGCUGCUGUACACUUUCUAAUUGGUGUACGGCGUGAGGAUGAUACUAAAUUUGUCUGGACCAUGACAGCGGUGGUUCUGCGCCUGGCUCAAGGUAUCGGCCUGCAUCGUGACGGAACCAACUUUGGCUUGAAGCCCUUUGAAACUGAAAUGCGUCGGCGACUGUGGUGGCAUAUCUGCUUGCUGGAUAUCAGAUCAGCCGAAGAGCAUGGUACUGAUGCACAAAUUCAUGACAGGAUGUAUGAUACUCGCCUUCCACUGAAUAUCAACGACAAUGAUAUCACGCUCGAUACGCAGGAGCCGCCCGAGGAGCGCGUAGGUUUCACGGAAAUGACCUUUUUCUUAGUUCGUUGCGAGAUUACUGCCGCUCUCAGAAGGGUCAGCUCCAUGUGUCCAACCAGCCUUCCUCACCCCGAGAACACACAACGACCCCCGGACUCUUGUGCGAAGUUGAUUCAGGAGGUCAACAAACGGAUUGAGGAGCGAUAUAUCCGACACUGUGACAUGAAUGUGCCCGUACAAUGGGUCUGCGCCACCGUUGCUCGUCUGAUUUUGGCCAAGCUCUGGCUCAUGGUUCAUCAUCCUAUGACUCGACAAGAUCCGGCGGCUAGCAAUUUGACCAUAGCGUCUCGGGAAAAUCUGUUUGUCACCUCGGUCGAGGUUGCAGAGUUCACUCGGCUGCUGGGUCAAGAUCAGACCACCACCAAAUGGAGCUGGCUUUUUGUGACAAAUAUGCAAUGGCACUUGAUUGCCUUUGUGUUGUCGGAGCUUUGCGUUCGCCCGCUCAGCCCACUCACUGAUCGUGCCUGGCAGGUAGUGAGUUCAUUGUAUGAGACAUGGGGCCGUACUGCAAAACAUAGGAAGGGAAUGCUUUGGCGGCCGCUCUCCCGGUUGAUGAAGCGGGUGGCUGCUGUCCGAGAGCAGCAGCAGCAGCAACAGGGCGUACAGGACACGUCCGAUCCCAGCUCUGCUCAGAGCCUAUCCACACCUAAUCACAUUGGUGCCUGGCAGAAUACUGUCCAGCCUUACCUGGCUGGUGGUGUCCCUCAAAUUCGAGAUCCUUCGGUCCCAGGGAGUGCUCAGCCCGCGAACCAGCCUAUCGCUGGACCGAAUCCCGAUACUGAAAUCGUGCCCGAGCUCUUCCCCAAUGUCAGCUGGCCGGCCCUGCCGGACUCCCAAAGUAUGAGCGCACAAGGCCCAUUUACUACAGCCGCACCGAUCGAGAUAUCAGAAAAUUUCAUGGGCCCUACCACGGCAAGCCAAGAUCCUGCUCUUCUUCAACACAACUGGGAAGCGUGGGAUCAAGUGAUGCGCGACUUUCAGAUGGAUGUUCAAGAAGCGCAAACAAGCCAUCCACUAGGCAAUGUUUCAGACUGGCUUGCUUGA